AUGACGUUCUCUCACAGCAUGAAGGCAGCGGCUUUGGCUGCAGGCCUUCUCCCUCUCGUAUGCUCUCAGAACGUCGUCAGUCUAGUUGGACCUGACUGGACUCUCUCCAACGACGCACUGAAUGUCAGCGUGUCAGCUCACCUCCCAUCCCAUGCUCAUCUCGACCUCUACGCCAACCAAGUCAUUGGCGACCCAUACUACGGGCUCAACGACUUCAACCUCCGCUGGGUAGCAUGGAGCAACUGGACCUACACCUCGGCCCCCAUCUCAGGCCUCGACAGCAAUGCAAGCAGCACCUGGCUGCUCUUCAACGGUCUAGACACUUUCGCCACCAUUUCUUUCUGCGGCCAGGAGAUCGCAAGCACCGACAACCAGUUCCGCCAAUGGUGGUUCGACGUCUCAUCUGCUCUCGCUUCUUGUACCGAAGCAGCUCCAGUAUUGUCUAUCGACUUCGGCAGUGCACCCAAGAUUGCCGACGCCAUUGCGGCCGAACCUGGACAGGAGACAUGGCCGACUGGUGUACAACAGGUCUUUGAGUUCCCGAACAGAUGGUUCAUCAGGAAGGAGCAAAGCGACUUUGGUUGGGACUGGGGGCCAGCUUUCGCGCCUGCUGGACCUUGGAAGCCGGCCUACGUCGUGCAGCUUGCUCAGAGUGAGGUCUAUGUGCGGAACAGCAUCGUGGAUAUCUAUCGGGAGGGCCAGCUGAACAACAUACCGCCUGAUCAGACUGCUCCGUGGGUUGUCAAUGCCAGCCUGGAUUACUUCGGAGCUGCGCCGAAUGACUUCACCUUGAGCUAUACGCUAAAGGAUCUCGAGAACAACACAGUCACCAGCGGGUCGAUGAGCAAUGUCAACUGCACCAACGCUACUGUCACUGGCUCAACCAUCGUGGAUCCCAGCAUGGUGGACUUGUGGUGGCCCAACCAGCUAGGCCCGCAGACGCUCUAUUACAUGACUAUUGAUCUCGUCUCGGCAUCAAACACCACCAUGGCAUCGGUAACUAAGCGGCUCGGCUUCCGGACCAUCGUCCUCAACGAGUUCCCAAUCUCGCAAGCCCAGCUCGCACAAGGCAUCGCUCCCGGUAAUAACUGGCAUUUCGAAGUCAACGGCCAUGAGUUCUACGCCAAGGGCAGCAACUUUAUCCCUCCGGAUGCUUUCUGGCCGCGUGUCACUGAGGCCAAGAUGGAUCAGCUCUUCAACUCUGUCGUGGAUGGCAAUCAGAACAUGCUGCGUGUAUGGGCUAGUGGUGCUUACUCGCCCGACUUCCUUUACGACCUUGCCGAUGAGAAGGGGAUAUUGCUGUGGUCUGAGUUCGAAUUCGGCGAUGCGCUAUACCCGGUCAACCCUUCCUUCUUGGAGAACGUGAGAGAGGAGGCGGAGUACAAUGUUCGCCGAGUGAACCAUCAUCCUUCGCUUGCGCUAUGGGCUGGUGGCAACGAGUUGGAAAACCUGGAGCUGAUCCUCGUCAACCGUUCUGCGCCAGAAGGGCUGCCCAGGUACACGGCUGAGUACGAGACAUUGUUCCUCCACACGCUGCUACCUGUCGUAUUUGGAAACAGCAGGUCCAUCAGCUACACGCCCAGCUCCACGAGUAACGGCUGGCAGAGCCUUAACUUCAGCAACCCGAUACCGAUAGUUGAACGUUACUACAACCUGACUCCAGGCUCUGUAUACGGUGAGACGGACUUUUACAACUAUGACCCUUCGGUGUUGUACAAUGACUCGGCCUUCCCGACCGGACGCUUCAGCAACGAGUUCGGCUACCACUCCAUGCCUUCCAUCCAGAGCUGGCGCGCCCAGAUCUCCGAGACAGACUUGCACUUCAACAGCACCACCGUCGUGCUCCGAGACCAUCACAACCCGCAGGGCGGCCUCAGCGACAGCAACACCACGAACCCCGACAUAGGCCAGGCGCAGAUGACAGAGGCUGUUGAGCUGUGGUACCCGAUCCCGAACAAGACGGACAGUCAGGCGAACUUCUCUGCCUGGUGUCAUGCCACGCAGAUCUUCCAGGCCGACCUCUACGUCUCCGAGAUUGAGUUUUACAGACGUGGUAGCGGGCUGCCGAACCGACAACUGGGCUCGCUGUACUGGCAGCUGGAAGACAUCUGGGUAGCGCCGACAUGGGCCGGUAUCGAGUAUGACGGCCGCUGGAAGGUGCUGCACUAUGCGGCCAAGGACAUCUACGAGCAUGUAAUAAUCGCCCCUUACUGGAAUAUCACAACGGGUAACCUGAGCGUGUGGGUCACAUCCGACCUCUGGGAACCAGCUAGCGGCACGGCGACUUUUACCUGGUACGAUUGGUCCGGCAACGAGCUAGACGUUGGUCUGAACACAAGCUCUUCAGUCGACUUCACCGUCGGCGCCAUCAACUCGACCAAGGUCCUACAGACCUUCGCAACAGGCAUGGCAGCCGGCACGAACGCGAUCCUAAAAAUGGACGUCACCGCAACCGGCUCUCUCCCCAACGACAACACCAACACAACCCACACCUUCCGGCACGAGAACUGGUUCCAUCCCACCGCGCUCCGCGACGCCCAGCUGGUGGACCCCGGUCUGCAGCUCAGCUACUCGAACAGCACCAAGAAUUUCACCGUCUCCGCCACGACUGGCGUGGCGGCGUGGGUAUAUCUGGACUACGACCAGCCGGGCACGGUGCUCAACUUCGACAGCAACGCCUUUUGGCUGGCGCCGAACCAGACGAGGGAGGUGGGCUAUACGGUCAAGACGGAUGCUUCGGACGGGGCUUGGGUGGACACUGUUACUGUGCAGAGCUUGUGGAACCAGACGCUGUCUACGUGA